AUGGGUGGUGGUGCUAAGAAACCCACGAACAUCUUCAAGCUGUCUCUAGGCGACGAUCCAAAAGAGGUCAACAACUGGCGACUAUGGUUCGCUGCCAUCUCCUUCGGCAUCAUGGGUGCCGCUAGAGGUAUCGACGAAGGUCUUAUCAGUGGUACUUUCAACACAAAAUCAUUCCAGAGCCUACACCACCUCAAACAAUUAUCACCUACCGAGUAUGCCAAUGUCAAGGGCAAUGUCAGCGCCAUGGUCCAGAUAGGAUCCGUUGCUGGCGCACUGCUAGCCUUUUUGCUCGCUGACCGUAUCGGUCGUAUAUGGGCCACUCGACAACUCUGUCUUUUAUGGAUACUCGGCAUCGUCAUCUUCAUGACCAAUCAGGGACGAAUGGGCCAGGUCUAUGCCGGGCGGUUCAUCGCCGGUGUUGGCAUAGGUGAGACGACUGUGAUCGCCCCGGUCUACAUCAGCGAGAUUGCUCCCAAAUCCAUCCGUGGUCUCUGCGUAUGCAUCUUUUCGGGCUCAGUGUACAUCGGGAUAAUGCUAGCUUACUUUGCAACGUACGGCGCAUCUUUACAUAUCAGCUCAAAGUCGAACUCACAAUGGUUGGUCCCAACUUCUCUACAUCUCAUCUUCGCCGGCCUCAUUUUUGUCCUCUCCUGGUUUCAGCUCGAGUCACCUCGUCUGCUGAUCAAGAAGGGCGACAGACAACAUGCAACCAGAAAUCUCUCGAAGCUUCGCCAUCUGCCCGAAGAGCACAUCGUCGUCCAGCACGAAAUCAACGAGAUGGUUCGUCAGCUUCAUGAGGAGGAAGAAGCCACCAUGGGAGCUGGCUGGCUUGGCUACCUCAAGGAGAUGUUCUUGAUCAAGGAGAACUUCUACAGGAUCUAUCUUGGAUUCUUCGUGCAAUUACUCUCACAAUGGUCUGGUGCUGGUUCAAUCACCGUCUACGCCCAAGACUUCUUCGCACUUCUCGGCACUACCGGACAGCAGGAGAAACUCUUCGCAACCGCCAUCUUCGGUGUUGUCAAGUUCGUUGCUGCAAUCAUGUGCGCUCUCUUCCUGGUCGAUGUCAUCGGUCGAAAGCGUUCCCUGGCCAUCGGUAUCUUCCUCCAGGCCAUUUCAAUGAUCUACAUCGCAGGAUUCCUAACAGCAGUUCCAAACAUCGACGAAGAAGGAUUUGAAUUUACGCCAACUCAAAAGCACGCUUCGCUCGGUGCUAUCGUCUUCAUCUAUGUCUCUGGUUUCGGAUGGGCCAUGGGCUGGAACUCAAUCCAGUACCUCAUCAACGCCGAAAUUUACCCUCUACGAAUUCGAGCCAUCUCCAGCUCAUUUAUCAUGUGCUUCCACUUCGUCAACCAGUACGGUAACUCGCGCGCUGUUCCUCAGAUGCUUCUGUCAACCAAGGAAGGAGGUCUGAGCUCCGCAGGGACAUUCUGGUUCUUCGCAGUGAUUACCGUUAUUGGCUUCUUCUGGGCUUGGUUCUUCAUCCCAGAGACGGCUGGUCUCAGCCUCGAGAGCAUGGACAAGCUGUUCACGCUCAAGUGGUACCAGAUUGGACGCAUGGGUCGUGCUGUCGCCAACGAAGCAGAGCAAAGAUCGAUUGAGAGAACUUUGCAGGAGAAGGGUGCCGUUGAGCUUGUUGAGGAGACUGGUGAGAAGAGAGAUACUAGAGUAUAA